AUGUCAUCGCGCACCAAACGUCGAGCUGAGACCGCGGAGUCCGAGAAGAAGAGCCGCAGCAAGAAGGCGAAGCGUGAUGUUGAGGAGGAGGAUGUCGAGGACGAUUCUGAAGAGAGCAUCGAGGAGGAUGAACUCGAGGCGCUCCAACAGAGCAACAUCAUCACGGGUGGCCGGCGUACGCGUGGGAUCCGCAUAGACUACACAAAAGUGCAGGGAUUCAACGACGCGGAUGAAGACGAUGAGGAAGAGGAAAGGCCGAAGAGCAACAGAGGGAAGGCGGCGCUCAUGAGUGCUUCCGGUUCGAGUUCCAAGAGUAAAAAGGCCGCGCCCCCACCGAGUCCAACCAAGGGAAAGGCUAAGGCACCUUUGCCCAGAGCCAGAGUUGUUGUGUCAGACGAAGAGGAGGAGGAAGAGGAGGUUGAACAUAAUGACAAGGGCGAUGAGGAUGAGGGUGGCGACGAAGAUGAGGACGAGGACGAUUAA